ACCUGCUGAUGCCUUUGAGCAGUUACUGGCCUGUAUAGAGUGGAUGUUGGAGACUUGUAACGUCAGUGGCAUAUACAUCUAUCUUAGAGACCUCGAGCUGUGUUUGCAGAUAACGAUGAUGUCUUUUUCGGAAAAUGGGACAGCAGCGCAGUGGGGGUUAUUUCACUGCUGCAUGGUCUCUAUAUACGGGUAUGUUUCAAGCGUUUUUGUAAUUUCUGUAAAAGUGGGAGGUGUGUUGUUUGGAAGUUUCUUGCAUGACCAAAGUCCAGCGAGGACUUUGCAGAGCCAAAAUGCAACAAGAAAGUGGAUUUCUUCGGAAUUUCGAAGAUGAGAUAUCGAGAUUGAUUGGGUAUGGGUGUGAGUCUUCCUGCUUCUUGUA